CAGUCACAGAUGGAGGAGCAGUUGGUGGUUGGGGCUGAGACAGGUCACGGAGGUUCAUCUAAGGGAGUGGAGGGGUCUCGGAGUCCUGAGGUCAGUGUUAGGGCUUUGGCAGAGUUGGAUUCAGGGUUCACUAAUCCUUCCGGUAUAGGUGUGCUCUCAGGGCCACGUGAUGUCAGUGUGCCGGCCUGGAUGACUGCCGGUGACGUAACUCCCGUCUGCUUGGCGCGGAGCUCCGACUGGGGCUUUUGCUCGUCCGGCAGCGGCGGGUCUAGCACCUUCGCCGUGCCCAACUUCCUGAACCACACCACGGCGGAGGAGGUGGGCGCCACCCUGGCCGACUGGGCAGUGUUUCUGAGCUCGCGGUGCCACCGGGAUGUGGAGAGGUUUUUCUGCCUGCUCCUGGCGCCAGAGUGCCCGGGGUCAGGCGCUCCGCUGCCGCCCUCACCCCCUCCUCUCCUGCCCUGUCACAGCUUGUGCGAGACCCUGACGGACGCGUGCUGGGUGGCCCUGGGUGGGCGUGAGCUGCCCGUCACGUGCCACUCCCUGCCCGAGGGCCUGCCCCAUCAGCACCCCUGCCAGCCCGUGUCCAGUUGUAGAUGUGCAGUAGACCUGACACUGCAGGCGAUGGUGGGGGACCCAGUCUUGUCGUCGGUCAAGCGUGCCCUCGACCCGGACGAUAACCCGGCUUUCAUCUUCUCCAAGAAGUCUACCGUGUCGCGGCUAGCUUAUGGCCGGCUGGACAGCCCUUUCCACCGCAACUUUGCCCUGCUCUUCCGCCUGAUGCCCACCAGAGACAGCGGCGUGCUCUUCGCCCUCACCGACAAGUCCCAGAUGCGGAUCCAACUGGGUGUUAAGCUGGCCCGCGGGAAAAAGGGUGGCCAACAGGUCGAGGUCUACUACAGCGACGGCAAGGGCAAGUACGCGUACAAGCCCGUCGCCACCUUCCCCGUGACCACCAGCAAAGGCGUGUGGACGCGUUUCGCCAUCUCGGUCAGCGCCAACAAAAUCUCCUUCUACUACAACUGCAACACCGAGCCCAAGGUGGUGACGUUCAGCCGCUCCAACGAACCCCAGGUGGUGGAGCCAGGGGCGGCCCUCAUGGUGGGGCAAGGAGGCUCCCAGGAUGGAGAUAAGUUUGAGGGCCAGAUAUCCCAGCUGACCAUCAGUGGAGACCCAUUUGCUGCUGAGAGGCAGUGCUACACAUCUGAUGAUGAGGACGAGGAAGAUGACUCAGGAAGUGGUAGUGGAGAUGGUAUGGACACUGAGGAUGGCAUCACAACACAACCUCCCAAACAAAAGACCCCAGGUACUCAGCUUCUGCCCGAGCCUCCAGUAUCAAGCACCUUCUCCAAAGGAACUCUUGAUGUCGCUCAGGAGGAAACUGGCCUGAAAGGAGACUCUGGGUUUGACACCGAAGGCUCUGGUGGCGCCUUCACCCCUGGAGAUAAGGGGGCAAAGGGAGAGAAAGGGUUAAAGGGAAGUCACGGGGUCGGCAUGCCUGGCAUGAAGGGAGACACUGGACCUCCGGGCCCUCCAGGCCCCCCUGGGCCUCAGGGUCCAGUCACAGAGAUCAUUGACACUGGGGACGGGAAGAAGAUCCAGAAGGUGGAGGGCCGUCAGGGGCCGCCAGGGCCUAGAGGCCCGGCGGGACAACCUGGACCAGCAGGUCGUGAUGGGCAGCCAGGUGAAAAAGGUGACCAGGGUGAAGAGGGUCCUGUUGGACCACGUGGUUUCCCAGGCACCCCUGGCAACACUGGAAUGAAAGGCCUGAAGGGGGAGGUUGGGGAGGGCCUGCCUGGCCCAAGAGGACUUCCAGGACCCCCAGGCCCCCCAGGGAUCGUUGAGACAACAUUUGUGGAUGUGGAAGGCUCUGGAGGAAAAAUCCCUGUUCGUCCGGGACCCCCAGGUCCUCCUGGACCACCAGGGCCACCUGGACCGCCGGGUUCUGAAGGAGAUUCCAAUGGAUCCAUUGGAUCCAAUGGACCUACUGGACCUAAUGGAAGGCCCGGACGACCCGGAUCUGCUGGGUCUCCAGGGAAACCAGGACUUCCCGGGCCACCAGGGCCAAGAGGAGAGAAGGGAGAUUGUGGUACUGUGGGACUUGCUGGACCUGCAGGGGAGACUCCGGACAGUUUUUCUGUCACUUCUCUUUUUUCCAACUGGCUGCCUUUCCUCUCCUCCUCAGCUGAUACAGAGGGUGAACCAGGUGAGAGUGGAUUGCCUGGACCCCCAGGUCCCAUGGGACCAUCUGGACCUUCUGGCCCGCCAGGGCCCCCUGGACCUCCUGGACAAGUCACCAUUGAGCUUAAUGGAACUGAAGUGACCCUCGUUCCAGGACCAGCUGGACCUCCUGGUCCUCCAGGACCAAAUGGCCCUCAAGGUAUUCCAGGACUACCGGGGAAAGCUGGAUUCCCAGGAAUUCCAGGCCAAAAAGGCAGUGAGGGUGAGCGGGGACGGGAUGGCUUUCCAGGGAUGGAUGGCUUCCCUGGUAAACCGGGGGAUAAAGGAGAACGAGGGUUCAGGGGUGAAAAGGGGGACUCAGGCAGGGACGGGGGUCCACCAGGGCCUCCUGGGCCUCCAGGACCACCAGGGGAGAUUCUCAUCCAGAAUAUUGGAGACCAUGAGGGAGCUGUUGGAGUCUCUGGACCACCGGGUCAGCCUGGUAUUCCUGGUCGGGCAGGUUUCCCUGGUCCAAUGGGACCAAAAGGAGACAGAGGGCACCCAGGGCAGCCAGGUGUCCCUACUAAGGGCCAGAAAGGAGAACCAGGUGUGAUUCUGGCAGCAGAUGGAACUCCUUUGUAUCUGGGAUUGACCGGACAGCCGGGAGAGUCUGGACAAAUGGGGCCAAUUGGACCUCCGGGUAUACCCGGCCUUCACGGACAGAAGGGGGAAAUAGGGAUUCCAGGCAGACCGGGGCGUCCGGGUCUGAACGGGCUGAAAGGAGAGAAGGGAGACUCCUCAGGUGGUUUUGGUGGACAUAGCUUUCCGGGUCUCCCAGGGCCUCCCGGACCUCCAGGGCCCCCGGGCCCCCCGGGGCCUGUUCUGUCUUUGGACAGAUUCUCUUCGCGUGAAGAUACAUCCCGGGGGUAUCAACCAGGCCAAAAAGGAGAGAAGGGAGACCGAGGAGUUCCGGGCAUUCCAGGGUUCUCAGGUGGCACAGAAGGCUUUGACUACAAUGCUUAUUUGACCCAGCUGAAAGGUGAAAGGGGAGAGCCAGGUAUGAAAGGAGAGAAGGGAGAGGCAGGUGGCGGAGGGUACUAUGACUCACGGUACAGUGGAAUCGCUGGGCCUCCCGGUCCCCCAGGACCACAGGGUCCUAAAGGAGACUCCAUACGGGGUUCACCAGGCCCCGCAGGGCCUCCAGGCCAUCCAGGAUACGGUCGCCCAGGAAUCCCAGGACCUCCAGGACCUCCAGGACCCCCAGGGAUCGGUCUACCUGGAGCCCAUCGAACCUCUCCUGUUGUAAAUGCCCCAGGUCCUCCUGGCCCACCUGGCCCCCCUGGCAUCCCUGGGUUAGGCGCGGGGGUUAUAAUUUUGAGGACUUAUGACAGCAUGGCCUCUGCCUCAAGACAACAGCCUGAGGGGACUUUGGUCUACAUCUCAGACAACACAGACCUGUACAUACGAGUGCGAGACGGUUGCCGAAAAGUACAGCUUGGUGAAUAUACCCCCUUCCCUAGAGAGGAAAACCAGGUGGCAGCUGUCAACCCUCCCCCAGUGGUGCACUAUCCUCCGGAUUACACACAGGAGACGGGAGCGUCCUCAUCCUCUGAGGGAGCAGCUCCACACUCUGAGGGCCAGUACCCUGUUCUUCCUGAGCCCGUGAACCCUCCCCGACAUGGGUACCCUCUCUAUCCAGGGUACCCUAAUCAAUCAGGAUACCCUUAUCCUGGGGUGCACACGGGCACAUCAUCCGGAACCCAACCGCACCAACCCACAGAUACCAGGUACUCCUCGUCACAGCCUGAUGGACGCUAUCCGUAUCAACGCUAUCCGGACCAACGCUAUCCAGAUGGACGCUAUCCGGACGGACGCUAUCCAGAUGGACGCUAUCUCGACGAACGCCAACCAGACCGUCGCUAUCCCAAUAGCCGACAUCCCAGCAGCCCAGACCGAAGGCCCAGUGAGCCCCAGUCCCCCACCCAUGAGCACAGGGCUGGACUUGCUCUGCACCUGAUCGCCCUGAACCACCCCCAGGAGGGUAACAUGAGGGGCAUCCGAGGGGCCGACCACGAGUGCUUCACACAGGCGCAGGCUAUCGGCAUGAAGGGAACAUUCCGGGCGUUCCUGUCGUCACGGCUGCAGGAUCUGUACAGUAUCGUGCGCAGGCCCGACAGGGAGCGAAUUCCCAUCGUCAACCUGAAGGAUGAAGAGCUUUUCAGCAGCUGGGAGUCCAUCUUCAGCGAAUCGGAGGGCAAGAUGAGGGACAACGUGACCAUCUACUCAUUUGAUGGCAGGGAUGUUCUCACCCAUGAUGCUUGGCCGGAGAAGAUGUUGUGGCACGGCUCGAGCACGCGGGGCCAGCGCAUCACCGACAGCUACUGCGAGACGUGGCGUGAGGCCAAUCACGCCCUCACAGGGAUGUCCUCCUCGCUCCAAGAUGGCCGCCUUCUGCAGCAGACACAGCGCAGCUGCACCAACUCCUACGUGCUGCUGUGCAUCGAGAACAGCUCCAUUGCCUAAUCGCCUUGGCAACCGCCUCCUUUCCCCAAAUACCUGUUCCUAGUGGUUCUUAAUGCAGACCCACACUACACUGGCCUUUUUUAAAAAUGAUGCCAUCGCUCCUUAACUGUGUGAUUUAGAGCAUAGAAACAUCAGUGGCAACAGGCAUUGUGUGUAAAUCUAUUAAGUGAGCUAGUUCUGUUUCCUCGAGUAAAAAAGUGCCUUCACCUCCUGUUAGGUGUUGACUGGAUUUAGCCAUAGUCGUCCUGGCACAUUUAAAAAUCCAUUGGUGUCCCUUAGCAAUUACAAUCUAAGUUUUGUGUAUUAAGAUCUUUUUUUAAGUGUUCUUGUCAAGUGUCCCUUUAAGAUGACUGACCGUAACUGUGUACAAAUGGCCUGUCCUGAAUUUAUGUGUUUGGACAGAUGUCUGUAACAUCAGGGGGUGGUUUUGGCUGGGGUCAGGGCUCACAAUCACACAUUCCAAAACAAAAUGGUUGUCUUGGUGUACUCGGGGCCAAACAGCAUUGUAUCACACUGUGCUAUUCUGUGGGCCUUGUAAACAGCACUACUUUGGAGCCAUCUGCCAGGAAGAGAGCUCCCCCUCGGUUUAGGACAGUGGUUAUCCAUUCCAUUUCACUCCACUCACUUCACUGCAGUGGUGUAGUCUCUGUGAUAUGCCCAUUUAAAAAGCUUCAAGAUUUUUGUAUAAGCACUUCAAAAUACCCAAGGAUAUGUAUGUAUCAACAUACAUUUGUGUUAAAAUUUUGACAUGAGAUAUUUUUUGCAAAAAUAAAUGUGAGUCAUUUGAACGCUGGAUAUAAAAAAAACACACUCUUGUCCAAUAAGGCAGCACUCUCCCACUUGUAACCCACUACAGGCUACCUUAGCAAUAUCACAGUAUACUCACUACAGCAAACUAGACUACACCACUGCUUCAAUACCCCAAUUUGGGGACAUACUUACAAUUUCUUUUUUUUUUUUAUCUUCGCUAAAAUUAAGGACUGGAAUGGCCACUCAUACGCAGUUACAUUUGGUUAGUGCACUGAGUAUAUUGUUUUGUAUGUACUGUAUUUGUAUACAUAGCUACCACUGUCUGAAUACAACUGUCACUGAGCCAAGCUCAAGUCCAUGAGGAAACAAGACUUAUACAAACUUCUGGUAGAGAAAGUAGAAAGACAACAGCAAUAAAGCAUCUGAUUUAUUUGUACCCGAUUACGCUUAACAUUACAAACUUUACAAGUAUCACCUGUGCUAGUGUAACGUUUUUAGUAUGGAUUGCUUUAUAUGUUUACAUAAGGCUCUUUCUGGUUAACCAACGAGGUGAUGAACAGGUUUUGAUUGGCGUUGUCGUGUUUGUGUGCUUGUGAUUUGUGACGAUGUUAAGCUGCCUUCUGACCAAAGAUACAGGGUUGGCACUAGGGCCAAUAGUUUCAAGGUGCAGACAGCAUUGAAAGUGCAAGAGAGACUGACACUAUUGGAAUGGGUUGUACAUGGAAAAGAAUGCUUGUUUAUUUUUGUACAUGUAUUUUAAUUCACAUUUUUUAAAACAGCUUUUUCAUCUUUGUAGUGUUGUUUCUCAUAUUAACAUACUUGGUAUUUUGUAGUUACACUUUUUUACUCCUCCAGGAAUAUUUAGAUGAAAUAUUUAUUUCUGAAGAUACUGCAACCAUAACCGUAAGUUAGUGUUUUGCUGUUUUCGGAGUCACAAUUUAGGCUACAUCAGGAAAAAAGACUUGGACAAUCCAUACAACUUUACCUACAACCCGCUAGCUUUAUUCCUUUUACUACUUAAGCUUUUUGACGUUAUUCGAAGACAAGGGUUUGAAAAUAUGUAUUACAGUUCCAGAUUAACAACAGUUCAGGCUUAGUGAACUAACACAUUCCACAGUCAUGACUGCUACUACUGUUUAUGAAAGUGUACCAAAAUAUGAUCUAAAACAUGUUGCUACUAGUUAGGAAAACAUACUGAUUGAUAAGAUAAUUAUAAGCAUAUUGUUGUUUUAUGUUUUAUGCUGAGGCUGAAUUUCCAGUCACAUCUUUUUGCCACUGUAAAGCCUACAGUGGGAAUCCAAUGUACUGUACAAUGCUAAUGCUAAUCAUGUCUAUAUAAUACACACUACACACAUUUCACAGUUUCCCUGAGGUUUAAUUCAUACCCACAACUUCAGCCCACCAUGUGCACUGCCAAAAAAUGUGUGAGACUAUUUUUCACCGAAGUCAUUGGUAAUCAUUCACAGUUUAGAAAUGUAUGAGCUUACUCCAAGGCACUGUAACUUUUCUAAUAAAUGUUUUCCCACAAUUUUACAAUUAUA